AUGGAGGGAAACGCACACCUCCUCCAGGUCAUCCGCAAGAUGCGUUCUCAAAUCAACAAGCUGGAGAGGGAAAACAGGGCCCUGAGGGGAGAGCUGCAGGUCUGCGGGCAAAGAGCUGUGCCAGCGGAGACAGUGGCAACAAGAGGAGGUGGGAAUGGCAACGUGAGGAGCCUCACCGAUGAUGGGGAAGGGCCAGCUGGUUCUCCAGCACCCCCGCAUGGAAGCAUCAUGGCUGGUCCUGUUCCAGCACCAAAGGAGCAGACAGAUACCACCAUGACCGUGCGGCGCUACUCCACAGCUUUACCAGUGCCCGCUCCUUCCACAGCGAGGUCUCACCGGGCCAGCAAGAUGCCUCCAAGCAAUGGGCUCCCGGACGCGCCAGGCAGUGUCCAGCCACCAGCCCCUCCUGCUGCAGCACAGCUCACCAGUGGAGAGGAGAAAGGCCUUGAAAAAACCCUGGCCAACUGUCUCUCCUACACGCGUUCCAGCAAAACGAAGCUGUUUCAGGAGCAUGUCUAUAAGUGCAGGGGUAAAGUAAAGGCCGUUAGUUUCCUCUUACCAAUGGAUAUGUCAUCAUAUGCUGGAAAGCGAGGUUCCCUCAAAAGCCCACAAAAUCAGAGCACAAAACAGUUAACCGCCAUCGCUGAAAAGGAUAUGUGA